AUGUUAGACCACACGGACUUUAGUGGAAACCUCGAGCCGUCGGCGAAACUGGCUGCCGCGUUGGGUUGCAAUGUCAGCGCCAAGAGCACGUGGCUCUCCUGUUUCAGAGACGCCAGCGUGGAGGGACUUUUGACUCAGGCGGCGCGCAUGGAGCUGCGCUUCACUCCUCAAUGGGACGCAAUGGACAUGGUCUUUCCUUCAGCACAGAAGAAGCCAAAGGUGUCCGAAGUUCUAGCCGGUGGAGACAUUGCGCAGGCGAGACAACUUCUCGAAGAAUACGUGAAACCGAGCGCCAAAUCAGCGGGCGUCUCGGGAACUGGCGACGAGUUCUUGAACUACCUGGUCGAUUACAUCAUAGGGCCGAACUCAUUCGUCACCGGCAUGGUCCGGGGUGUGAUAUCGGGCGGCCAGAAGGGGGACUUUAUGGACGUGUUUGGCUUGCUAGUGACGGGAUGCGGCACUCGCGCCAUCGCCAAGAGUGCCUUGCACAAAGGCUACCACUACCUCGUCGACAGCGGCGGAACGCAGCCGCUGUUUGAGCCGAUGCUGGCCAUCGCCGAUGUGGUCAGGUUCCUGUCCCACGGGAUCGUGCCGAGGCUAAAGGACGGACAGGCUUGGCAACCUUGGAAGUCGAUCAAUGCCACUCGCAAAAUUCUCGCCGACGGAAGCGAGGUUCUAGAUGGCGUGAAUGUUGGCUUAACAUGCGAUAUAAAAAUUUUCUGA